UAUAUGUGCCUGAUAAUACUAAAUUUCAAAUAAUCGUUUCUUUUGAGCCCCCCGUAUUCAAGGAUUAGCAGUACUUAUCCAUAUUUUGCUUGAUAUCUAAUAACGAGUUCCAAUUUUCCUGGUAUUUAUUUGCUUGAUCUCUUCCUGCUUGCUUUGGAAAACUCACACAAGAAUUCUCUACCAUUCCUACGUACUUCAUCAUACUCUUUUUAAAUAGCCAAGUGCACUGUGUCAGUCAGCUCUUAUCCUACCAAGGGCAGAGAAGAAAGUAUCUCUUUUGAUUGGCUAAACGGCUGUUCGACCCACCCUCUGCAAACACCUUGGCAAUGCAGACUGCAGUGCUGGGUUACUGUAGGCUCUCAGUAGGACUCAGUUCGUUAACAGUGUCUCACUAGAACGCACGCCGAUUCCGCUCUAUUCUCUCCUCUCGUGCCGGGAGAAACACCCGUACUCGUAUUGAUCCUCCCGGAGGCUGCGGAUUCGCCGUCGUUGCUGCGUGGUUGCGUAGUGCUCAACGAGAGAAGAUCCAAGACGAGGUCUCUAGAUACGAGAGUGACAAAGAGUGUUUCGGAGGGAUGAAAAGAGACCCUAUUUUUAAUGUGCACAAGUUCGAAUGUCGCCCCGGCAUGUGACUUCGUGUUUCCUGUGACCUAAUCAGAGUCGUCUAUUUUUUUUAAAAUACGGCUAGAAGCAUGGAGUUAUCCUAUAGAGAGUGAGUGUUCGUUAACGAAAGUGAGAGGAAUCAAAUCGGAAAGAUGGCUGUGGAUAUAUUGGAUGUCGAUCAUCUGGCUGUCAGUGCUAUAGUCACAGUAGGGAUGCAAUUAAUAUUCUUCACGAUCGCUGCUACUUUCCAGAUGGAUAAGCUCACCGAUUUUGCGGGCGGAACCAAUUUUAUUAUUCUGGCUCUUCUUACAUUUUUCCUCGGUCAAGUCGGCAAGACUUAUGAUAGCAGACAGUUGAUGGUCACAGUUUUCGUAUGCCUCUGGGGUGCUCGGCUCUCUGGUUAUCUUCUGUACCGUAUUAUCAAAAUUGGCCGAGAUAAACGAUUCGAUGAUAGGCGCAGCAAUGUGAUACGCUUUGCUGUGUUUUGGACAUUUCAGGCCGUGUGGGUAUAUGUCGUCAGUUUACCGGUAAUUUUUAUUAAUUCACCUCGUCACAAGAUCCCACCAGCACCGAGAACUAUGACGACCUUGGACAGCGCGGGAACAGGUCUGUUCGUUAUUGGAUUACUCGCUGAAACUUAUGCAGAUUUGCAGAAGUUCUCCUUUAGGCAGGAUCCCGUUAAUGACGGCAAAUGGUGCAACGACGGACUCUGGAGGUUAUCGAGACAUCCUAACUAUUUCGGCGAGAUAGUAGUCUGGUGGGGAAUAUUUGUGAUUUCAUUGAACGUGAUCGAGGGAGCCGAGUGGGUUGCUAUUGCCUCACCAAUCUUUACGACCAUCAUUAUACUCUUUCUAUCGGGAAUGCCACUCUUGGAGAAGUCUUCGGAUGAGCGCUACAGAGACAAUGCGGACUACCGCUACUACAAGCAAUCGACAUCACCAUUGAUCCCUAUACCGCCGUCCAUAUAUGUCGAGGUGCCCUGGUUCCUAAAAUUCGUUCUUUGCUGUGAAUUCCCUCUAUAUGACUCUCUCGACGUGAAACCCCAGGCUGCCGUCACUGAAUCCACGUCUAUUAGUCUCGCGGCCUCUACGUAGCUGUAGCCGUACGUCGGGCGUCCCGCCUCGGGGCCCG